CCCCCCCCCCAACCCCCCCCCCCCAACCCCAACCUUUAAAUGGACGUUGGCACCGCCGCGGACACUGGGCGUCGGAGAAAGAGGAAUCGGAAAUACCCCCGUCGGCGGCACCACGGCCCGGCCCGCUCCGAUCCCUUCGCCAUGAAUCCGGUCAACGCCACCGGCCUGUACGUGACGACCUGCCGCUACAUCAUGCAAUGCGAGCCGCAGGAGCCCGGCUCCUUCUCCGAGCUCUACAAACUGCUGCCCUACCUGCGGCAGUCCCUCUCCUGCUGUGUCUGCGGAGAUUUGCUGAAAGAACCAAUUGCUCCUACAAACUCAACUUGCCAGCACUAUGUUUGCAAAACUUGCAAAGGUAAAAAGAUGAUGAUGAAGCCCUCCUGUAGUUGGUGCAAAGAUUACGAACAGUUUGAAGAAAAUAAGCAACUGAGCAUUUUGGUGUGCUGCUACAAGAAACUUUGUGAAUAUAUAGCAGAAUCCCCAAUUUCACAGCAUCUAGCUACCGUUAUGGAUGGUGCGCCUGACAUGUUAACCCUGCUGCAAGAGGGACUCGCAUUAGAGGAAGAGAGACAAGAGACUUCUGCUUUGACCUGUUCUUUAAAUUUGUCAAAUUCCCCAACACCAUCAACCUCAGAAUGCACCAGUGACUUGGAAAUGGCAACAACACCACGCAUUGUUGAAAAUAUUCAAGACAGUGAACGAGUUUCAAGUAAUGCUGAGCUGACCUGCUCUAGUUUCAAUGGAUUACCUGGUUGCAAUGGACUUUCGGCUGGUGAAUUUACUGUAAAUAUUAUUUCUUCGGAAAAUUCGGAAAGGCUUAAUACAUCCUGCACUGAGGAGGACUUCAAAAGUAGGGACAUUGCUGAUAGUUUGCAGGAAGUGAACAAAGUAGUUUCUUGUAGUAAUGUCAAUGUAGUGGGGGUCGACAUUUGUAGCUAUGGUGGAGACAUAAAGCCGAUUGGUUCUUUGUUAUUUACUGGUGGACAUGUAUUUCAAGACCUAGAAACUGUUGCAAAUAAUCUGGAAGCUUGUAGCAAUUAUUCACAAUCGUUCUCUGAGACAAGUACACCCAAUGGACCUGUAAUAGAUGCCAAACCCAUCUCCCUGCCUCCUAAAAGCAGUAUUUUUGUUUCUAGCAAUGCUCCUCCUCAUGGAAUUCCCUGUGUUGCAGCAACACCUAAAAUUGUACGAGGAAAUCGGAAGCGUUCUCGAUCUGAAAGUGACAGCGAAAAAAUUCAACCCUUACCUAUUUCCAGCAUUAUACAUGGUCCACCAUUAGGGGCUGCUGCUCCUGUUCCUGCCAAACGAGAGACCAAGUUGUCCACUGAAACUGUAGUCACAAUGCCAAAUGGAGGCACACUAAAAGUGGGCAAAUCCUUGCUUGCGGCCAGUAAAAGUGUUAAAAAACACACGGAACAUGGAGCAAAAAAAUCACACUCAAAAGUAAAGCAGGGAACAACCAAAACUAAAACUAAGGAGAAAGUUCAUAGCAGUACUGUUAUGCCUGGUAGCCCUUCAAAAAUAGCAUACAAAAAGCCCCAAGAGAAGAAGGGGUGCAAGUGUGGACGUGCUACACAAAACCCAAGUGUUCUUACAUGUCGUGGGCAACGUUGCCCUUGUUACUCAAAUCGCAAGGCCUGUUUGGACUGCAUUUGCCGUGGUUGCCAGAACUCUUACAUGGCCAAUGGCGAGAAAAAAUUGGAGGCUUUUGCUGUGCCGGAAAAGGCCUUGGAGCAGACCAGGCUUACUGUGGGCAUCAGCCUAACCAGCAUCAGCAAUGCAGUGCGGAAUGCAAGCACGAGCGCAAGUGUCAUCAAUGUGACAACGGGGUCACCUAUACCAACUUUCCUAGCUGCCAGUCCACAUGACGACAAAAGCUUGGAUGAAACUAUUGACUAUAGAUAUGACUGUUAGAUUGGAAUUGAUCUGGUAGACCUUAGGCUUGUCCCUGUUCAUGGGGAUGGCUACAACUUUAAGGCAGCUAUAGUUCUGUUUUGGGGAAAAUAGACUUAGUUGAACUUGCCGUAGUGCUUUAGGUAUAGAUCACUUGAAGUUAACAUUAAAUCAUCAGGCCUAGCUCCAUAAAGGAGGAAUAGGAUAAUUUCUUGAAUAAGAUGUGAUUAAUGAACUGUUGCAAGUGAUUUAUACUGAAUGAUCUUUGGCAAGAGAAAUUUGACCUCAUUGUUGCUGCUUAUGCAUUGUGCAUAAUCGCAAAAGGUUAAGGUGUAAUUUAAAAACAGAAAAUGGUGAACUACAGUACGAACAGUUUAAGAAAAUUACAUGUAGAAUAUAAUGUCACUUUUUAUAUGCAGAUUAUUUUUGUGUUCUCUAAAUCAAAAGAAACAUUGGUUUUGUUUUAUUUUGGUAAUGUCAUUAGAUGACCCAAGAAUAUAUUUAAAACAAAAUGCCUCAUUAUUUUCUAAUGACUGCAUUAGCAUGGAUCAGUUGCACAAAGAAAAACACUCCCAUUACAUCUGUGUAGUUACACAUUCAACUAGAAAUAAGGAUGACACUUUAUAGAUGCACAUGAUAUAUAUUUUCUUCCCUCAGGUCUGCUUGUUUCAUUAGGAGAACCAUCUGGUGCUCAAUAUGUAAUUUUGUCAUGAAUGGUGGUUGCUGGAAGACCCCACCCCACAAUGCACAUGUACUCAGCUUCAACACCCACUUCUAUGUUAAUGAAAGUGUAUACGGAAGAAGUUUAUUGAGUUGGCUAAGUUGUGCACAAGUGUCCGUUAAUCUGGCCAGAAAUAUUUUGUGCAAGCAUUUCUGUAUAGUAUCUGAGGGGUUUAUGUAAUUAAUUUAGAGUGUUUAAUAAGCUGAUACAUGCUGGUUGCACGCUACAGUUUACCACAGUCUGGUGAAAAAUUCUUUUCACUCGUGUGUAUUAUGGCAGUGCCUCUGCAUUACUGGCUGUCUGCCAUUGGGUAGCAUAGCACUUAUUUUGUAGUGUGAUAUUUACAAGUGCACCCAUGGCUUCUAGUGCCAGGUAGUUAGUACUGCAGCUGGCAGUUAAUUGUCAGCAUGUCUGAGCACAUUGGCAAAUUCAGGUUUCACGUUGCCAUAAAUCUAGCUGAGUAACAAUACAACCAGUAUCUCUGUAAUUAUGCAAUUGGGUCCACAUGUUCACAUAACAUUGAAAGGAUUAAAUACCAUAAUUUCUACUAAGGCACUUCAAAAAUGGGGAGUAAUGCAUGUGCUCUUCUCUUCCCCCUCAUAUCCCCAUAUAAGAAAUAUCCAGUAUUUCAACAUUAUUUUUUUCUUAAUACCGUUACAUGUGUCAAUGUGGCUGAACUGCUUGUACCACUGUCCACCAUUGUAAUGAUGUAUAUGAAAUUACUCCUCAGCCUCAGUACUGGUUUGGCACAUAGCAUGCACAACAAUGGUUACUCACAUAGUGUAAAUGUGCAGGAAAACUUUCACAUGCAGAAGGAGAUCGAAUGGCACCUUUUUGUUUUUAUAGUGUAGCUGGUGUCAUUUCCUGUGAAUGUGGUCAAGUAGUGUUUUGAAGCCAUAGGAAUAAUGUGAUGUUUUGUGUCCAGUCUGUACUUUAAUUUUGUUUUUUUUUUGUUUUUUUCUUUUUUGUUUUGCGAGAAGAAUUGAAAACUAUUUUUGAUAAUGAGUAAAUGGUGGAAAAUGCUUCUUCGGUUUUCUUGUCUUUUUUAGCACCUAAGGCACCUGCAUUUUUUUAAUAUUUUGCCGUUCGUGGUAAAUUUAAUGUCUUAGCAAAGCUAUGUUUCUUUGUAUUUGUGAAAUGUGAUUUCUGUAUGCUGACCAAAAAAUUCCAUUAAUUGAGUAGGUGGUUGAUCCUAACUCUCGCAUGAACUGUGCUUGUUGUUCGAGCAUUGAAAACAGAAAUACUGAUAUAUAACCACAAGAAAGUCCGUGGAACCGUUUCAUGACAUUUUUGCAAAGCUGUGAAGCUGUAUUAACACUGUUGAUUUCCUGUUACUUGUGGUAAAAAUUGGUGCAGAUUCCAUUGAGCAACCUAGAAAAGAAAUUCCUUAAUUUUUUUUAAAAUGCUGGUAUACUCACUGCCGAGUUUCCGAAACAUG